AGUUCAAUGUUAUUUUUAAGGGCAUGCAAUUUUGUAUAAAAAUGAUAAAAAUGUAUGCAAUUGAUAUACACAUAUGCUGAAAUUUAUGAUGACAAAUUGAAACGAAUUGCAUAUUUAUAAUAAAUUCCACUUUAACAAUAUAACAGAAAAUUAUUUACAAAUUAUUGAUUGAAACUUGUCAGAUUUUGGACUUUUGUCAUAGAGGGACAGUGUCUAUCAAAUCCGUACAGACUAUAAGCAAUUUGUUGCUUUGUCAGGAUGGAGCAGCAGGAAAAAAUCACUAAAUCAAAAGCCAGACAUUUGCGUCGAAAAAAGUUGAAUAAUGCCCGAAGAGCAGCUGAGGAAAACUUAACUCACAUAGCUGUUGAAAAUAAUGAAGAAAGAGAAAAGAAAAUAAAAAUUAAGAAAUCAGAAAAUGAGAGAAAUACAAACGAAAAACACAUAAUUAUUUCUGCUAAUGAAACAUCUAUCAAGAAACAUGAUUCAAGUAUCGAUCAAGUGUCAAAUUCUCAUUUAAAAUCGGAAAACGAAAAUCAACCAUUAAAAGCAGAUGAAAUUAUAAAUCAAGAAUUAUUAUAUCUACUCACAAAGACGAGAGAAACAAAUUUCAAAAGUGAUUAUAGUGAUGAUUUUUUUUCCACAUUAGAAGACAUUGCCACAAAAUUGAAUAAUAUUCCAAUUGAUUGCAGUGAUAAUUCGCCGGAGAAAAAGAAGAUGAAUUCCGAAGAAAAAAGUAAGGAGCAAAUAAAAGCUGAACGUGAGGCGAAAAAAGCGGCGAAGGCAGCUGCCAAAAGCAAAAAUAAAGAAAAAAUCACUAAAACAGUUGUCGAGGGGACUUGUAACGAAAAAUCAAAAUCUGACACCAAUGUUGUUUCUAAAGAAAAAUUAUCAAAAGUGAAAAUUCCCAAAGAAUUAAAAUCAGCAAAAGAUUCAUCAGCGAAAUCAAAUGCCAAUCUUGAAUCAAUUAAAAGCGAAUUAGAGGACAUUACGAAGGAAUUGGAUGAAAUUCAAUUGAAAGAAGCGGAUGCGAGUGAAGCACCGAAAAUGGCAGAGGAGAAAAGUAAAGCUCAAUUGCGUGCCGAGAGAAGAGCGAAGCAGGAGGCGCAACGAGCGGCCAAACAGGAUCAAGUUGAUAAAAAGAAACAGAAACCGACGCAAACAAAAGUGGCGAUUCAGACAAAGGUCCCUGAGCCAGUGAAGAAGAUUGCUUUGAAAACAAACGCAAAAGAAGGUUCGCAUGGUGUGAAUUUAUUUAAACACUUGCAUCACGAGAGAGAUAUCGCUUUGGGGAAUGUUUCUGAUUUGGGUUCGAAAAUUCAUCCGGAAAUUGUCAAGUUGGGAAUGAAGUACGCUAGUAAAAUUAUCGUUGGCAGUAAUGCGAGAUGCGUUGCUUUUCUUCAUGCUGUGAAGCAUUUAGUUGAAGAUUUUGAACGACCGUCUCAAGCGGAUUUUACCCGCGGAUUGGAAGUUAGUCUACAAGAAUCGGCUGUUUAUCUUGACCACUGUCGACCAUCGGCCGUAUCGAUGCAAAAUGCAUUAAAACAUCUUAAAUGGCAAAUGUCUUUGCUACCCACCACAAUAUCGGAUCAAGAAGCAAAAGUGAAACUUAUUAACGCUAUAGACACUUAUAUACAAGAGCAGAUACUAUUGGCGGAUAAAGCAAUUUCGAUAAAAAUCCAAACUAAAAUAACCAAUGGAGAUGUGAUAUUAACAUAUGGAUUCUCAUCUUUGAUCUACAAAAUAUUAUGCGAUGCCCAUUCAGCUGGACGUCAAUUUCAGGUUGUAGUUGUUGAUGGAAGGCCUUGGUUAGAAGGCAAAGAAAUGUUGAAGAGAUUAGUUAAACAUGGAGUUGAAUGCAGUUAUAUUUUGAUACACGCACUUAGUUUUAUAAUGCCCAAGGUAAGCAAAGUAUUUUUGGGUGCACAUGCAAUUUUAGCAAAUGGUUCGGUAAUGUCCAGAGCUGGAUCAGCACAAGUAGCACUUAUUGCUAAGGCCUUUAAUGUACCAGUUCUAGUAUCCUGUGAGACGCAUAAAUCCUGUGAACGAGCACAAACUGAUGCAAUUGUCUAUAAUGAACUAGGAGACUCCGAGGCACUUACGGAAACAUUUUUAUAUGAUUCGAAAAAAUCGUGUCUCGCAAAUUGGAAGACGAAAAAGUCCUUAAAUCUUCUCAACAUAACGUACGACGUGACACCUGCUGAUUUAGUCACAGCUGUAGUUACAGAAUUAGCAAUUUUGCCACCAUCCAGUGUCCCUGUUAUUCUACGAAUUAAACCAUCAGAAAUAUAGUUUUUAAUAAUCGCAUCAACAAUAUUAAAAAUUUCUAAUUUCUUACUAACAACUUUUGUAAGUAUUAAUUUCGAUAGAUUAUUUAUCUCAGACUUGGAUAACUUUAUAAAAAGUCUAUCUAACUAUGAUUGUUAUUACACAUUAUUGUGUUCUGUAUUUUGUAAUAAACUAUUUUCAAAUCGUA